GUUUUGAAGCUUCGGCUCGCCCUCUCUGUGACGUCACGGAGGGAAAGCAAACAUGGCGGCGGCGGGAACGAGGAGAAGCAGCCAUUGAGAAGGAUUAUGAGUGAAAAUGAUGUUAUUUGGGCAUUAUAGGACCCCAGAAAUGGCUGCACCUCAACACAGCUAUAUUUUGGCCGGUUUGAGGGCUGACCACCUGAACAAGCCUUUUGCCCAGCGAUGCCUCGAUUUACAGACCGUCAUUCAGGAGUUCCCUGCCAAAGAGCUGCACACCAUUUUCCCCUGGUUGGUGGAGAGUAUUUUUGGGAGCCUGGAUGGGGCCCUUGUGGGCUGGAACCUGCGCACAUUGCAAGGAAGGACCAACCCCACAGAUUACAACAUCGCCCUCGAAUUCCUCGAUCCCGGAGGCCCAAUGAUGGAGCUGGUCUACAAACUCCAAUCAGAGGAAUAUCGAUACGACUUUCCCGUCUCUUACCUUCCGGCCCCAGUGAAAGCAUCGAUCCAAGACCGGAUACUUCCGGAAUGUUCUUUGUAUCACAAUAAGGUCCAGUUUCCUCAAUCUGGAGGAGGCCUAGGAGUGAGUUUGGCCCUCAAUCCGUAUGAGUAUUAUAUGUUCUACUUCGCCAUUAGCUUGAUUACGCAGAAGAAUAUUCACCCCUCAUACCACAUCAGCAUGUCGAACAGUGCCUACUUUGUCCUGGUGGAUCGAUACCUGAAGUGGUUCCUUCCCACUGAAGGAAGUGUCAUCCCACCCCGAUCCUCUGACCCCGGAGGCCCCGCCCCCUCUCCCGCCCCACGGUCUCCCGUAAUGCCCUUCACGUCGUAUGGGAUGCACCCCACCAGCCUCCUGAAGAGACACAUUGCACACCAGACCUCUGCCAACGCAGAUCCAGCCUCCCAAGAGAUAUGGCGCUCUGAGACCUUGCUCCAGGUCUUUGUGGAAAUGUGGCUCCAUCAUUACCCUCUAGAUAUGUAUCAGAAAAUUCAGUCUCCUCACAUCAAGCUGGAAAACCUCAAUUUCCGCCUCCCUUCUUCUUCUCCUCCUUCGUCAUCCUUCGCUUUUCCCAUCCAGUCCAGCUAUCGCUCGUUCUAUGCAUAUCAAGAGUCCUUCAAGCCCUCAGAGGAGCAGGUCCUGGUGAUCCGUCUCCUGGUGAAGCACCUCCAUGCUUUCAGCAACAGCAGCCUCCGGGCCGAAGCCACUGCCUCCCCCUCUGGACAUUCCCACUCCCCUGGCCCUUUGGAGGAGUUCAAGAGGAUAGUGAUCCCUCGCUUCCUGCAGCAGAAGCUCUAUGUCUUCCUCCGUCACUGCUUUGGCCACUGGCCUCUGGACGCCUCUUUCAGGGCUGUGCUGGAGAUGUGGCUGAGCUACUUGCAACCCUGGAGAUACGCCCCAGAAAGGGCCAUUUUGGGAGCGGAGCAGGGCCCACGAAUCGUGUCUGAAAAAUGGGCCCCCUUUGUCCAGGAAAACCUACUGAUGUUCACAGAACUCUUUGUGGCCUUCUUGACCCGCACCCUCCGGACCGACCUGGUCAGCCCCAAGAACGCCCUGAUGCUCUUCCGGGCUACCAAAGUCUUCGCCCAGCCCUCCUUGGCCCCCAUCAUUCAGAAAGCAGAGCAGCUCUUCCUGGAGAUGGACCUGGCUGGCAAUGCUGCCUCUAGCCCUGCCUCACUUGGAGCUGGCUCUGCCUCCUUGCUCCGUCCCCAGCCCCGCCUCUUCCUCUCUCUCCGGGGAGGCUCCUCCCUCACAGACUCUACCUCCUCCUUCAAGGUCAAGAACCGCCUCUAUGGCCUUCAAGGGCAGGAGGCCCAUUACAGGCCAUUGUUUGGGCCAGAGGUCCGGGGAAUGGUCCUGCGCCUGGUCCAGCUGAUUGUCCAGGCCCAGCAGCGGCUGAAGUCCCUUGACCCCUCCUCCUGGGACCCCUCUCUGGCCGGUCCACUUCCCUCCUCCUUCCUGUCCUGGCUGCACUUUAGGCCCUCAGACCCCAAUGGUGCCUCCUCCUUCACUGCGGCCAAUGAUCUGGACGAAGUCGGUCAUCUGGACGGGGGCCGUCGGACCGAGGAAUACCUGGAGAAGGCCCUCGAGUCCCUCUGCCUCAUUUUCCGGCUCAAUGAGGCUCACCUGAGCCGGGUGAUGCUGACCCUCGGGGCCGCGCCAGAUGAAAGCGGGGCCAAGCAGCGCCCGGACUGUGCUGAAACUGAUGCCGGACUCAUCUUGACCCCUUUGGGGCGCUACCAGAUCAUCAACGGCCUACGGAAGUUCGAGGUUGGUUACCGUGGCGACCCAGAGCUGCAGCCAAUCAGGAGCUACGAAAAUCCCACCCUGGUCCGGGCCCUCUUCCGCCUCGCCUCCGCCAUCAAUGAACGGUUCUCGGUUCAGAUGAUGUCGGCCUGCUCCCGGCAGGACUUUCUGGGCUCCUUCUCCCGCUUCCACCUGCUGGACCCUCAGGUGGGGCAGCGGCGGAAACAGAGCCCCGCCCAGGGCCCAGGCUGGGAGUGGGCUGAGCGACCCCGGCUCAGCCUGCGCUUCCUGGCCAGCUACCGCCUCCUGCUCGUCCUGGCCCUGUUCUACGUCCUGACUUCCUGGUUCUGCUUCGGCCCAGUGGCCACCUUCGGCAUCUUCCUCCUGGCCUACCUCUUCUGUGCCUCCGCCAUGGCCUGGCUCUCUGACAGGAGGAGGCCCCACCAGGAAUGAGCGGGAGGGGAGGAGAGAAAGAAGGGGCCCUUUCUAAGGCAAACGGCCCCCAAAACUACCCUUUCUGAGGGACAUCUCUCUAACACCAACAUUUUUUAAGGGGACUCUCUCCAACAAUGACCUCUUCUGAGGGAAACCCAAUAAAGAAUGACAUUUUUUGAAGUAAAAACCACCAAGGACCUUUUCUGAGGGAAAUACCUUUUUCUGAGAGGAAUCUCUCCAAAAAUGACUACUUCUGAGCGAAAUAUCUCAAAAAAUGACCUUUUAUGAGGUAAGCCUAAUAAAAAUGGCCUUUUUGAGGUAAAAAUCACCAAGAAAGACCGUUUCAGAGUGAAAUGUCUCCAAAAAUGACCAUUUCUGAGAGAAAUAUCUCCAAAAAUGACCAUGUCUGAGCGAAAUAUCUCCAAAAAUGACCUUUGCUGGGGUAAACCCAAUAAAGAAUUACCUUUUUUAAAGGGGAAACCUAAUUUUUUUACGAGAGAAAUGUCUCCAAAAUGACCAUGUUUGAAGAAAAACCCACCUUUUUUUGGAGGAAACAUCACCAAGAAUGACCAUUUCUGAGGGGAAAUCAAUCUCUUUUUGGUAAGAAAAACCAGGAAUGACUUGUUUUGAGGGGAAAUCAAAAUCAAAAUGACACUUUAUGGAGGAAUUAUCAGCAAGAAUGAUCACUUCUGUGGGAAAUAUCUCUAGAAAUAACAGUUUCUGAGGGAAAUAUAAUCCAAAGUGACUUUUUUAGGGAAACCCAAUUUUUUUUAAAGGAAACAUCACCAAGAAUGACCAUUUAUGUGGAAAAAUCUCCAAAAAUUACCAUUUCUGAGGGAAAUAUCACCCAAAAUGACAUUUUCUGAGGUAAAUGUCUCAAAAAAAUGACAAUUUUUUUGGCAAAACCCAACUUUCCUCAGGAAACGUCACCAAGAAUAAUAUUUUUUGAGGGAAAAACCUACCAAAUAACACGUUCUGAGGGGAAACUCAUGGUUUUUUGGAAGGAAGCCUCACCAAGAAUGACCAUUUCUGAAUGAAGUAUCUCCAAAAAUGAUCAUUGCUGAGGGAAAUGUAUCAAAAAUGACCCCUUUUGAGGGAAAACCACCCAAAAUAAUGCUUUCUUGGUGAAAACCCCCCUUUUUCUAAAGAAAACAACACCAAGAAUGACCAUAUUUGAAGAAGACAUCAUAAAAUGAAAGUUUUGGAAGGAAGACCCACCUUUUAAAAAAAGGAAACAACAAGUGACCCUUUAAAAAAAAUCACCAAAAAUGACAGUUUUUGCAAAAGAACCUAUCUUUUUGGAGGAAAUGAUCCCCAAAAUGACCAUUUCCAAGGGAAAAUCCACAAAAAAAUGACAUUUUUUUUGGAGGAAAUCCCAGUAAAAAUGACUGUAUUUUGACUGAUUGUUCCUUAAAAUCCAGUAAAUGGUUCCUAGUGGCUCCCAAUCAUAUUUUAUGUUAUUUUAUUUUAAUUGGGAUUUGUAAUAUCUUUGGGUUUAUAUAAAAUGCCUUUAAUCAACAGAUUUUUGUAAAUAAACGCCUCUUUGUUUCUAAGGAUAAAUGUGUAAACAA